ACAGCAGUCUUUCGAAAUAUCUGUGGUUAAACAAAUAUUGAUACAUUCUAAAUAGGUAGUGUAUAUAAUAGUAAAUACCACAAAAUACAAUGGUUCAACUCAACACUCAAUUAGUGCAUUAGACUCGUGAUAAACUCCUACGCAACUUAGCCAGCUGUGUAGCAGAAACUAUGAACUAUUCGCGGACAUCUGCUACCAUUAUUACGAAAUAAAUCGCCUGCCCUUUUUCGUAAAAUAACUCGUGUGUCGGCAUUUCAUCGAGUAGGUUAAUAUACACAAUUAACUCAAACCGGGACUUACAAAAUAAAUAUAAAAAGUUUGCUUGUGUUUUAAAUUUUUGAUCGUUAUGAAUAAUCUUUCAUUAUUAAGGAAUACUUUUUGUUAUGAAUAAACAAAGAUCAUAUUAGGUGACAAGGGUUGCUGUUGGGUAAAUCUAUUCCUCAAAGUAUUUAUUAAGUUAUGGCGCGACCAGUUUAUGAAUCUCAUCUUAUUCCGAUUGUUGUGGGAAUUGCAGCAGUGGUGGCCGGAGCUGCCAUUAUUCAUUAUCUCCUAAAUAAGAAGUCGUCGAAGUCAAGGCCCGAGCCUAAUCGCACUGCACGUCUGCGCACACUUGUUGAUCCGAACGACAAAUAUCAGCUGCCAUUAAUUGAAAAAGAAGUUCUUAGCCAUGAUACUCGACGCUUUCGCUUUGGCUUGCCUUCGAAUCAGCAUGUACUCGGUUUGCCUGUGGGACAACACAUUCAUUUGAUCGCAACUAUCGAUAACGAAUUGGUCAUUCGUCCUUACACUCCUAUAUCUAGUGAUGAUGACGUUGGUUACGUCGAUUUGGUCGUCAAAGUAUAUUUUAAGAAUACACACCCCAAAUUCCCAGCAGGGGGUAAAAUGACACAAUAUUUAGAACAAAUGAGCAUCGGGGACAAAAUUUCAUUUCGCGGCCCAUCCGGCCGAUUACAAUACCAUGGCCUUGGGCGGUUUCAAAUAAAAAAGCUUCGAAAAGAUCCACCAAAGACAGUUCAGGUAAAGCGGGUGAAUAUGAUAUCUGGGGGCACUGGUAUCACACCAAUGCUGCAGCUGAUACGCGACGUACUAAAACACAAUGAUAAGGACAAAACUGAACUUGCUUUGUUAUUCGCAAAUCAGAGUGAGGCCGACAUUUUGUUGAGAAAUGAAUUAGACGAUCUGGUUAAAAAGUAUCCGAAUCAACUAAAGGUGUGGUAUACUGUUGAUAAAGCAUCCGAAGGCUGGACGUACAGUGUUGGAUUCAUAAAUGACGAUAUGAUUAAGCACAAUCUUUUCUCUGCUUCAGAUGAUACAUUGGUAUUAAUGUGCGGUCCGCCACCAAUGAUUAAUUUUGCAUGCAAUCCAGCUUUAGAUAAAUUGGAAUUCCAUCCAGAUACAAGAUUUGCGUAUUAAGUUGUCGUGCUUUAUUUCAAGGUGCCACCAAAAUAUAAAAUACCAAGGCUUAUGCAUUUUCAUAAUACAAACAACAUAUAAUGUGACAUAUGCUAGCAAUUAAAAUUGAUCGCCAUAUAAACGUAUCCUUACUUUAUAAAAUUGCAUGUAAAUAAAAGGUAAUCGAAAAAUUAACUCGGUUAAGAAAUAACUAA